AUGCCUUCCCUGUUCAUUGCUAUCAAAGAUAUCCAUCCUGUCCACAAGCAAAGGGGAAUUAGAGUACGUUGUGUACGCAUCUAUGAUGUGCCUGAGAGGAGGGUAGGCAGUAACGUCAAGAGUAUGGAGUGUCUUCUCCAUGAUGAUCAGAAGCAUGAUGAUCAGGGAGACUAUAUACAUGCUAAUAUUCAGGAUAAAGAUGUUGUCAAAUACAAAGAUGUGCUAAAAGAAGGCCAACUGUAUGAGAUAAAGAACUUCUAUGCUGUUACAAACUAUUACCUUUACAAGGUCACCCAGCAUAAGUAUAUGCUCAAGUUUAAUUACAAAACAGAAGUCAAACAGAUCAACUCUAUAGGUUUUCCACUUUUUAUGUUUCGUCUUACAAGUUUUGAGUCUUUGAAAGAUCCCAAGGAAGUGAAUGACAAGGAGCUCAUUGAUGUUAUAGGUCGUGUGGUGGAGAUAUAUAGCCCUGUGGACAAGAUUGUUGGUGGUAAAGCCACAAAACUGAUUGACUUUCAACUCUGUGAUAAUGCGGCCAAGGUGGUUAGUGGUGAGGUCAGAAUAACAUCAUCGUAUGAUGCAACUAAGAUCUGGGUGAAUGGUGAUUUUGAUGAGUUCAAGGACUUCAAAUCUCAGUUAAAGGUUCAAGAGACUCCAAUUAAGAGUAUGAGCACUGUGACUCUGAACUCCCAGUCCACAGGGACUGAGAGUUUCCAAAAGGGUGAAAGGAUUGUGUCCACAAUCUUUGAUCUAUCUAAGCUGCAGGAUGGGGAUUACUAUAUUCCUGGUGAAAUUAUGGCAAUAGAGUCUUCUACAGACGAUUGGUACUACAUGGCAUGCCUGACACCUGGCUGUAACAGGAAGCUUAAAGCAAUUGAAGGAGUCUUAAGCUGUGACAAGUGUGUAAAACAAUUUGAGGAAGGUACUGCUAGAUAUAAGCUUUUGGUGAGAGUCUUAGACAAAACCACAGAUGCAACUUUCCUGCUCUGGGAUAGGGAAGUUGCAGAAUUAGUUGGCAUUCCUGCUACUCUGUUGUAUGAGAAGUACAAAAAGUGCGUGGUGAUUAAGAGAGCUCUAAUGAAAGGCACUAAUCCAGCUUACAAUGUGGUGAGGGUUCUGAGGGACGAGCAGUUGUUAGAUGCUUAUUGUUCCAGAUUAUUUGAAGAUGAAGAAAAGGACCUAAUGUCACAGCAAAUAGAAGAGGAUGACAACACUUCUCAACAUUCUGAGGUGAAAGCAUCUAAAGAAGAAGAUGUCAAUAGUCCUGCUAACACAAGGCACUCAGAAUCCCAAGUUCAUGUUGAAGCAGAUUCUCCUACUACUAAGAGGUCAUUGCUGGAUCAGUUUUCAUCCUCAAAAGGGAGCAAAAGGUUAAAGGGUGGUAGCAUUAAGAAGGAGAAGAUGAACUGA